AAGAGAAAAAUACAACCACCUCGUUAGCCAGGAGUUCCGGGUACGGCUUUCUCAUUUCUUCUUCUUCUGUGCCAAGAUUGUCAUCUUCUUCUCCGCUCGGCAAUCAAAGAGAUCGACUCCCGCGAGCUCAACCUCAGCCCCGAGCUGAAAAUAUUGCUUGAAGUUCUAGGCGUCGAGAUUUUGCGGAACUGGUCGAUUUUCGGUUCUCCCCGUGCUGGAUCUGGAGGUGUACUAGGGCAAUGCACUUCGCUUUUUUCUGAUAACAUUGUUACUCUUAUAAAAAGGGUCCUAAGUCUAACACUAUUCUGUUUGGGAUCAACCCUUUGCCUGGAUGAAUUGAGUUGUACUUCGUUUCUACGGAAUCUGGUGAGGUGCAAAGAUCAAGAUGGGGCUUUUUGAUGGUUUGCCUGUGUCUCCCAAUAAAGCAUAUCUAAGAGACGAGCUUUCUAGAAUAGAUGAGAGUUGGGCCGCAGCACGCUUUGAUUCGUUACCCCAUGUUGUACACAUUUUGACAUCUAAAGAUCGUGAAAGUGAAGUUCAGUUUUUGAAGGAGCAAAGUGACAUUAUUGAGGAGGUUGUGGAUGAAGUAGUGCAUGCUUAUCACAGUGGCUUCAACAAAGCAAUUCAAAAUUAUUCCCAGAUCUUGCGCUUGUUCAGCGAAUCUACCGACAGUAUAGGUGUCUUAAAGGUUGAUUUGGCUGAGGCAAAGACGCGUCUUAGUGCUCGCAAUAAGCAAUUGCAUCAGUUGUGGUAUCGGUCAGUAACGUUGCGUCACAUAAUUUCCCUGUUAGAUCAAAUUGAGGGCAUAGCUAAGGUUCCAGCUCGUAUUGAGAAGCUCAUUGCUGACAAGCAGUUCUAUGCUGCAGUUCAGUUGCAUGUUCAAUCAACAUUGAUGCUUGAGCGAGAGGGGCUUCAAACUGUUGGUGCUCUUCAAGAUGUCCGGUCAGAGCUGACAAAGUUGCGAGGCGUUCUUUUUUAUAAAGUUUUGGAGGACUUGCAUGCACAUCUGUACAAUAAAGGUGAAUACAGCUCAGCUGCCUCAAGUGUGCAUGAAAGGGAUGAUGAAAUGCCAACGACCACAGCUGUUGCAUUUUCUGUGAAUAAUUCACAACCUCUAUCUCGAAGAACCAGGUUACUGAAAGUUGACAGCCAGAUUGGUGUCCAUGUGGAUGGAUCAUAUAGACCCAGUUCUGUUGAUGGAGGUUCAUCUUUUGAUGGCUAUGAUGAGGAUGGUGCUCUGGAACUACAUGAUGAUGCUGCUUCAGAAGGGUAUAAGGCAUCAAUAAGAGUCAAUGGUGGUGAUGGUAAUGGUAAUCUAAAGGAUGUCAAAAUUGUUCCUCGUCAAAUGCCAAUAUGGCUUUCAAAUUCCACUCCAGAUGAAUUUCUUGAAGCAAUGAAAAAGAGUGAAGCUCCACUUCAUGUAAAAUAUUUGCAAACCAUGGUUGAGUGUCUCUGCAUGCUUGGCAAAGUUGCAGCUGCUGGUGCUAUAAUAUGCCAAAGAUUGCGACCGGCAAUACAUGAGAUUAUCACAUCCAAGAUUAAAGCUCACGCAGAACUUGUUAAUUCUUCAAGGUCUGGCAUUGGUCAGGGUGACCGAACUGCAACUGUAGGUCUUCAUUUUAUGAAAGGACAGUUAGGAAGCUUCCAGUUGCCAAAACAGAAGCGCCAGAAUGGGAUAUCUCUGACUGGGACUCUUUUGGCGGUAAGCCCUGUCUCGCCUGUGAUGUCUCCCACAGGAAAAGCACAGGCUUCCGCAAGGGAGGUUCUGGAUUCAAUCUUGGAUACUGUUGUUCGGAUAUUUGAGAAUCAUGUUGUUGUUGGAGAGAUUCUGGAGUCAAAAUCCACUCAUCUAACUGAGGUGAACACACCAAGGUCAAUUUCAACAGAUUGGAACCUUGAUUCUGAAGCAUCUCAAGUUACUGGGGGCUACAACAUUGGGUUUUCCUUAACAGUUUUGCAGAGUGAAUGCCAACAACUCAUUUGUGAGAUUCUGCGAGCAACUCCUGAAGCAGCGUCUGCAGAUGCUGCUGUUCAAACAGCUAGACUUGCAAGCAAGGCCCCUUCCAAGGAAAAGAGGGACCGGUCAGAAGAUGGUCUUACCUUUGCUUUUCGUUUCACAGAUGCUACAAUAUCCAUUCCUAACCAGGGAGUCGACCUCAUUCGUCAGGGAUGGAGUCGGAGGGGUCCUAAUGUAUCACAAGAAGGUUAUGGGUCUGCAACUGUCUUGCCUGAGCAAGGCAUUUAUCUAGCAGCAUCUGUAUACCGACCUGUGCUUCAGUUCACAGAUAAGGUCGCUUCAAUGCUGCCGAAAAAGUAUGCCCAGCUUGGGAACGAUGGAUUGCUUGCUUUUGUGGAAAACUUCGUGAAGGACCACUUUUUACCAACUAUGUUUGUAGACUACCGAAAAAGUGUACAGCAAGCUAUAUCAAGUCCAGCUGCAUUUCGGCCAAGGGCACAUACUGCUGCUUCUUAUACUCCAUUGGUUGAGAAGGGAAGACCGGUCUUACAGGGGCUUUUGGCUAUAGAUUUCUUAGCAAAGGAGGUGCUUGGUUGGGCUCAAGCAAUGCCUAAAUUUGCUGGUGACCUUGUGAAGUAUGUGCAGACUUUCCUUGAGCGCACAUAUGAAAGAUGUCGUACUUCAUACAUGGAGGCAGUGCUUGAGAAGCAGACUUAUAUGCUCAUUGGGAGGCAUGAUAUUGAGAAAUUGAUGCGACUCGAUCCAGCAAGUUCUUGUUUACCAAAUCCACUUGGUCAGUCAAACAUGGACAACAAUGUCUCUGAUGCUGAAAGCUUUGAGAUUGAACUGGAGCUUAGUGACUUAUUGUUGGCUUUGCGGCCCAUUAAGCAGGAGAAUUUAAUUCGUGAUGAUAACAAAAUCAUUUUGCUGGCAUCCCUUAGUGAUUCAUUGGAGUAUGUUGCAGACUCAAUUGAAAGACUUGGGCAAACAAACUCAAGAUCAUCAAAUCAAGUUGAAGAAAAUCCCAAGCACCGUCAUACUCGAACAAGCAGUGCACCUAUUAGGGAUUUGGCAUCAUUUGCUGAUGAGUACAGGAAAUUAGCAAUUGACUGCCUUAAGGUUUUACGUGUAGAGAUGCAGUUGGAGACAAUUUUCCAUAUGCAGGAAAUGACAAAUAGGCAAUAUUUGGAGGACCAAGAUGCUGAAGAGCCAGAUGACUUUAUUAUUUCACUCACUGCCCAGAUAACACGUAGGGAUGAGGCUAUGGCACCUUUUGUUGCAAGUUCAAAGCGCAAUUACAUAUUUGGUGGAAUUUGUAGCAUUGCGGCUACUGCGUCCAUCAAGGCUUUGGCUGAUAUGAAAUCCAUCAACCUCUUUGGGGUUCAGCAGAUAUGCCGGAAUUCAAUUGCACUAGAACAGGCCCUGGCAGCUAUCCCAUCGAUUAAAAGUGAAGCUGUGCAACAGAGAUUAGAUCAUGUCCGUACUUACUACGAACUUCUAAACAUGCCAUUUGAGGCCUUGCUAGCCUUCAUCGUGGAGCACGAGCACUUGUUUACUGCUGCAGAGUAUGCUAAUCUUCUAAAGGUCCAGGUCCCCGGGAGGGAGAUUUCUGAGGAUGCACAAGAGCGUGUAUCAGAGAUUUUAUCAUCUCAUUAGCUUUCCCGUUUCUGAAGUCGUUUUGGUUGUGGCAUGUUGCUGGUAUGCAUCUAAGAGAUGAUUGUUAUUUCUUAAGAAGGCUGAUGCUGCGAUGGGAGGAUGUAGAUGCCACUUCCAUGGAAGUCACCAGUCAGCAUGUGCCUUGCACCGUGGUUCAGUUUGUGAGUGAUUAUAAUUUAUUCAUGUGUAGUAUCAAUUUUGGGCGCUUAUGUGAUUCCUUUGGGCUUGUAUGAAGCUUCGAUUUAGCAUUCAUUAGAACAAAAAGUAACUCCCAUGUAUAUUUCUGAUGCUGAUUAUUAUUUGUAAAUUGUUCAAAAUAUGUUUCGCAAACGCUUCCAGAUCCCAUUUUAUCCGAACUUCUGAUAAGAUCUUUUAGAGAA